GAGGGCGCCGGUUGCUGUUUUGACUCCCAGUCUUUCUUUCUCCGGUAGACACUAAUCUCGAACCGCAUUCUAUUCCCCUGCUGGUUAAAUCAGGGCUGGAAUUCUGCCACACUGCUUCCCGUUACCAUGGCGCAUCCAUGAGGAAAGAAAGGGGGAACUCGAUUAUUCCAGCUUCAUUUUACCUUUGCAGUUAUGUCUCGGUCUGUCGGCUUUUCUUCGCCAUGUCAGAGCUCUCUGCUUUUCUUUUCUUGUCAGUGCUGUUGAUUUUCUCCGAGCAUGGGCUGGUGAUGAAGGUGGAGAGUGGCAGGGCCGCUAACAUGGGGAACAACAAUAUCGACAUAAUCACAGCCCUGAAGGAGCCGGACACCUACCAGCAACGCCAUCGCCACAAUCAAGUGCAGAUGGCAUCUGUAUCAACACCAGUAUCUCUCUUUACAUUAAAAGUUCAAGUCAAUGAUCUUGUGAGCCGCCAGUACCUUAGGCAAGCUGCCGUUGAAGUGUUUGUGAACUACACUAGGACCAAUUCCGCAUAUACAGAGGAAAAUGGAGCUGUGUUACUGAAAGUACCAUACAAACUGGGAUUAACUUUAACAAUUGUGGCACGUAUGGAUGGCUAUGUGUUAACACCAUUGCCUUGGAAAACAGCAAAGAUGCCAAUAUUUUCCUCUGUGACCCUUUUGCUGAUUCCACAAAACCAAGGCAACAUCUGGCUGUUUGAAGAUUCAGUUCUGAUAACUGGAAAAAUAUCAGAUACAAAGUUACAGCCCAGCAUUCAGUUUCCAAAGAAUUUACUAAAACUGCCAGACCGCUGCAAUAUCUCCAGCGUGACUGCCUACCUAACACUGCCUCAGCUACCUACUGAAAAGGAUUUCCCUCUUUACACAAUGGGGAUUCUCAUCAACAGAUCAGGUUACAAGAGUAUCGAAAUUACCCCUGUGGCUGCAGUUAGUGUCCAUCUCUUCUCCAGUGGCAAAGAGGUCAAAGUCACUGGUCCAAUUCAGAUCUUGUUGCCUUUACCAGAGAAUACUAAAAUGAAACCUGCAGAUGCUGUGGCUGCAUGGGCAUUCGAUUCAAAAACAGGUUCCUGGGUUAACAGAGGACUGGGGAUGGUGAAGCAGGAUGAGGAUCGUGUUGUUUGGUCAUAUGUAGCUCCUCACCUUGGGUACUGGAUAGCCGCACCUUUACCUACAGGAGAAGGUAUUAUUGGACGUACAACAACUUUGAUGGACUUUACCUCAUACCACACUUACCUUCUCAUGGCCAUUCUGGGAGGAACUGUUGUAAUUGUUUUUGGCUUUUUUACUGUGCUUUGUUGCUUUUGUAGGGGAAGAGUUUGUGAGCCACAGAAGAACGAACAAGAUGUCAGUAAAAUGGAGGUCUUAAGGAAAGACCAGACCACUUCAACUAAUGGAAACCAGUCCAUUUCCUUUAAGGAAUCAGCCAGACAUAAUGAAAAAUCCACCAACAUGCCCAUGAUGUCUUCCAGGGAUGGUUCUCGUAGAGAUGAAUCUGCAUCUACAAGACAGAAAGGGAACUUUAACAUCUACGUUGAUGAUGUUGGGCUUCCAUCUGCAAAACACUAUAAUGAAAAUCAAGGCAACUCUGCCACUCAGCCUGAAAUCUGCAGAUCUCAACACCAGCCAACCUAUGUUAACAGCAGUGAUACUGUGAGGUCAAAAGAAAUGAGAGAGCAGCAAAGAGUACAUCUUGCUCUGAAUGAAAACCUACAUGGAAUUAGCCAUUUUCCAGAAAGAUUAGUGCACAUUUAUAACCAAUCAGUAGCCAUUCUGCAGGCUCCAGAUCUCUUUAGCACUCCUGAGCAGCUAUCAGGUUGCAAGUCUGCUACUUUACCAAGAAAGGGACAGCUGGUGUACAACCCACUGAUGGAACCCAUGAGCAAAGACAGCUACACACAAACACUCCCCAAAAUGCCGCUGCUUUCACAUCUGCAGCCAGAGACCUGCAGGCAACAGGAGGUCCCAAAGGGUCCACAGGGUUUAGCCUCCAACCCAGAGACCUGGGCCAGAUAUAGCAGCAGCCUACUCGAGUCUGUGUCUGUUCCAGGGACACUGAAUGAAGCCGUGAGCAUGAGUCCGUUCUGCAGUGAACUUCAAGGCAUUUCAGAGCAAACUUUGCUGGAGUUGACCAAAGGCAAACCCUCCCCACACCCGAGAGCAUGGUUUGUUUCACUGGAAGGAAAACCCAUUGCCCAAGUGCGGCAUUCAUUCAUUGAUCUUCAGAAAAAGAAGAAACCUACUAAUAGCAAUGACACCAGCCUGGACUCUGGGGUGGACAUGAACGAACAUCAUCCCAGCAGAAAACUGGAAAGGGAGAAGACCUUUAUUAAGGGUAUGCCUCACAGCAAAAUCCUCUACACAGAGGACUUUGAUUUGAGCAGCAGUGAGAGUGGGACAACUGCAGCCUGCACCCCUGAAGAUCCAUCAUUAAGACACAUACUGGACAGUGGGAGUGGACAGAUUGGAGAGGGACAGCCAGACGGAGAACUGGCAGAGACAAGAAGUGUCCAAGAAGAGAGCAAGACACAGUCAACUCCACCAUCAAAAAGACUGAGAAGGAACAAAGGGAAAUCAGACGGCAAAUCAAGUGGAUGGACAAAAAGGGAGGAAAGGCCUCUUAUGUCUUUAAACUAGACAUGUUUCUGAACAGGUCAGGUCAGAGUGAUGGUAAGAGCUUAACAGUAUCCCAGUAUUUGGUAAUGCACAUUGUCUAUUUCAAUUGUUUCUGAAUGUGCACUUUUACUUUUAACACAAGCAUAGUUUAGUGUUGUCACCUGACUCCUCAACAAGAGGAUUUCUAUUUUUUGGUGAAAAGGAAUGUUUAAAAAUAUACAGCAAUUCUUCUAGGUCUCUCUUGGACUUUUUCAAACAUGAACACCUUUUCAACAAUGCAGCAUUGAAAAGGGAAACAUCUUUAUAGGUACCAGCCUCUCUGUACAUGGUUCAUUUGAUUGGCUUCUGCCAGUGUUUGAAACAGUACAGCUGUAUCUGUAUGCUGGGGCACUCUUCACUUAAUGGUGUGUCCCAAUGGUUACAGGACAGUGGUAAUGUUUAAUGGCCCUUGGUGUAAAUCUGGUUAAGCAUUGUUGCUCAGUUAAAUAACACAAAUACUUGUAAUGAGCAGGAUGCAUUUACAACAAGCCUGCUGAAGAACUUGCAUGUAAAUAUUGAAUCUGGUGGAAACUAACCUGCCUUGUUUUCAUCAAAUUAUAUAUAUAUAUAUAUAUGCACAGUUUUAUUUAAAGAAAUGUACAUGAGUUAAUGGUAUUUUUCGUUCAGUGGUAUUUCUUUUAUUAUUGCUUCCGGGCUAUAGUAUUUAAAGCACAUUAAAAAGACUUGCGUAUGUUUAAUAUGUAACAUUUCUAUUUACCUUGCUUUUGGCAAUCAGUACAUAUGUACUUACAAUAUAAUACAGUUUGGUAAAUAAUAAAAAAAAUAACUUCUAUUUUAUUAUAAAUUAUUGAUCCCUACAUUAAAUAAAUAAUUGCCCCCUGCAUGUUUAUAGAAUGGCCAAAAGCUGAAGACUACAAUCCAAACUUCCACUUUAAAACAAGUAAUCUUUGCAAAUGUGCAUGGUAGAUUUGUGCCUUUUGGUCUGUAACUAAAAUAAAAUGAACUGGCGUAUAAAUACAGUAGACUACAGAUGUUGCUAAUGGCGCAUAUUAGAAUGACUGAAAGAUCCAAGUUCACACUAACCAUAACAAAUGGUCUUAGUCAUAGACAUUAUAAACCAUGAAGAAGAACUGGCAACCUAAUUUUGCAGUUGUGUGGUCAUAUACUGUAUAUAUCCUUCAUUUAAAAGCAAAAUACCUGUACCUGAUUGUUGCCUAAGCUGGCUUUUGUGCUCCCAGGUUUGUACAUGUCAAACUAGUAUUGACCAAGUGCUAUUUUGUGUUUUGCCACCUUUGCUACUUUAAACAAUAUUUUAUGGGACACUGGUAAUUAUUUACCAAUCAAAUAUUACUGAAAUAGCAGAACACCCAACCUGUUUGUCUGAGUAGUCCUGUUAAUUCUUGUGAAUGAUCAUUUGCUUUCCUUCUGCAUGUAUUAAACUGGCUUUAGGGUAUUCUCAUGCGAAAAGGUGAUUUGCACUCAGAUUUUUGUUUCCAGAUUAAACUAUUGUUAACAUAUUGCAGAAAUAACCAUUACCUAUUUUUGUCUGCACAAAGCCAGCAAUACAAUAUGUUGGUUAUUUCACAAGAAACUUUUGCAGCCUAUUUAUUUUGUUUUGUGUCCUGUUGGGCUGUAAUUUAACAAUAUGAACAGUAGUGUGAUUUCUUGACCCACUCAUUAGCAUUACCACACUAAUAAUAUGAAAAAUUAAGGAAAAUGCAGUUUGUGUUCAAUCUCAGAUUUAAGAACAGCCUGAGUUACAAACAUUUUGUUCUCGAUUUAAAUAAAAUUGAGAAACAUGUUAUAACAUGUACAUCCCAAUAAAUUAAAUCAGAGGUUUUACUACCAUCCAUGGUGUGUUAGGUUUUGAUAUGUGUGUCUGUUAAAAGAUUAAUUCAUACUAAAUACUAUACAUUUUUGUCAAUAGAACGUACUAAGAAAAAAAAAUUAUUUGUCACUGUGGACAAGAGGUCUCUUCACUAACAAUCAUUUCAAGCGUUUUCUCUUUAAUUACACAGUCAUUUUAUUCAAAGCAUCAUCUUAUUUCUUUUAAGCAACACAUUUCAUGUGAUGUAGUUAUUAUUUCAUUUACACUUACUGUAGGCAUUCCUGUUUCAUUUUUGGAGUAAAUCAGAUUUGAAACAUUCGAAAUUCAAGUAGUGAUUUUUUUGUUCCUGUAAUUAAUUUGAAGAUGGAUUAAGCAAGGUGUCUUGUCUAUUGUUAUUUCCCUAAUUUGUGUAUAUUUAAACAUUAUUUUUACUGAAUCCACAGGUAUAAUUGUUAAAAGCACAAGCCUUUGCAGAAUAGUGUUCAGCCAUAGACAGGUGUGGCAGUAACCCCUGAUGAGAUGCAGUUUAAGUAGCACAGGAACUUUUCUACAAAUAUCUGCACACUCCGGGAAAAUACACAAAUGACAUUUUGUCACUGCCAUAUGUUUUAAUGUCCACUGUAAUGUGAAAUGAAAUUUUCCUGCACAAACCUACAGAAACGUAAUACAGGGUAAGCCCAAGCUUGCCUUGCGCUUCUAGGAAUAAUAGUAUGACAAGAAGUGACAUUUCUGGUUAGAUUUUUUUUUCUUAAAUCUUUUCUUAAUAUGUAUAUAAUAAAAAAGGUGAGUCAUAUUUGUAUAGUCAUCUAGAUGUGUAGAUUUUAUUAAAAAAAAAAAAUAACAAAAAAAAACUGACCCCUUUCUAAGGGAUAUGGUAAUAUUUAACAAGGUUUCAAGGAUGCAUGGUUGCAUGUCUGUCAUAUAUACUUACUCCAUUCACAAGGUUUCAAUUAUAAGUUGUGUUUUAUACCAAAAAAUAAAUGUUCUGCCUUUUGUGUACUGUUUUAAAGUUUAAUAUAAACAAAGCCAGUUGCCAGAA